AUGUAUUAUCUACAAUCAAUUUAUAACAAAGAUUUAGUUCAUUUAUUUAUUAUUACAUCUCUUGUGUGUGGAUUAGAAUUUUGUACCGCAUCAGCAUUUACUUAUAUCCCACCUAUCUUACUCAAGGCUGGAAUAUCAGAAACUUUAAUGACUUGGUUAAUGGGUUGUGGUCCAUUACUAGGAUUUCUUCUUUGUCCUGUUGUUGGUCAUGCAAGUGAUCGUUGUCGAUCACGUUUUGGUAAACGACGUCCUUUUAUAGUUGGCUUUUGUUUAACAAUUAUUUUUUGUCUUAUACUUAUUCCACAAAGCGAAUCAAUUGGUCAACUUCUUCACGCACCAAAAUUAGGUCUUUGUUUAUUAGUUCUUACAUGUAUUUUAUUUGAUUUUUCUGCUCAAGCUUGCUUUAAUCCAUGUGAAUCCUUAAUUUAUGAUGUAUGUAAAGGUACACCACAAGAAGCGUCUUGUUUUUUUGUUUACUCAUUCAUGACAUCAUUCGGUGGAUGUUUAGGAUAUUUAAUAACAGCUACCGAUUGGACUGAUUCUUUUCUUAGUAAAUAUAUGCAGGGACAAGAAAAAUUGACAUUUAUUGUUAUAUUAUUAUUUUUUACUAUGACACUUUGUUGUACAUUAAUAUCUGCUAAUGAAAAAAUUUAUGAUAGUAUUAUUGAUGAUCAAAUAUCGACAACUGAAACUCAUUUCCUCGAUAGUUUAUUUCUUAUUCAUUUUUUAAAAUAUAUUUUUCGUUCUGUAUCAAAUUCAGUUCAUACUAUUAUAACAAUGCCAUGUGUUUUACGACGUUUAACACUUGCUGAAUGUUGUUCAUGGUCAGCAAUAAUGACAUUUAAUUUAUUUUUUACUGAUUUUGUUGGUCAAACUGUUUAUAUGGGUGAUCCAAGUGCUGAUGAAUUCGCUGUUGAACGUAUACGUUAUGAUCAAGGCGUACGUGCGGCUUCCUAUGGUUUAUUAUUUCAUUGUAUUGUUGGUGCUUUAUAUGCUCCAUUUCUUAAACCAUUAAUUAAUCAAUUUGGUUAUCAUUUAACAUUUUCAUUUAGUAUGUUUAUUUUUGCUAUAUCUAUGCUUUUUAUAUAUAUCUCAAGAAAUAUAUAUAUUAUUAACAUAAUGGCAUCAUUAUCUGGUCUUGGGAUGGCAUCAUUAACAUCCAUACCUUAUACACUUGUUAUGACGUAUCAUGCAAAUCGAGAAAUUUAUUUUGUUGACAAUCCAGUUAUACAAACACGUGGAAUUGGCACUAUUCUAGGUAUACUUGAUAGUACUUAUUUUGCAUCACAAAUCAUAUCAUCAGUUAUUAUGGGUUAUAUAAUGUUAAUAUUCAAAUCAACACUUUCAUAUAUUGUAACAAGUUUUGUUCUUGCUAUUUGUUCACUUUGGUUUAUAAAUCGAAUUGUGAUAAAUCGACAUCAGCUACAAGAAUUGCUGAAAACCGAUAAAUAA